AUGGCACGACACCCAGUGGACUUUGGGGUCCAGCUGCAUCGUCUGUUCACUGCAGAUCGCCCCACCUUUGAGCUGCUCAUUCGCCAACGUUUGUUGCACCGCUGGCUCCGUGCGACCUGGGGUGGCUCAGCAUCAUUUGACAAGCUGUACACCAAGUCGUUUGGACACAAGAUGACCAGAGAGUCGGUGGUUGAGCUGUUCCGGGCCCUGCAACACUCCGACACCCUGGCACCCAUCGUUUCCGAGACGGAAGCUGGUGACGAGCUGACCCUGUCCAGAUUGGACUUGGAACUGGUGCUGGCACUGGCUGAGGUGCUUGCAGCAGCCCAUAGCCCUCUCUACUUUGCAUCCGAUGCAGCCGUCAUGGUGUCCACUGGAUGCACCAUUGAGAUCAUCCCUGCGCACCGUGGGCUGCGCUCCCUCUCGGCUCCAACCAUGCUAGCUGUCCUCAUGUCAACCCACCUUGGUGAAGAGCUGUGGCGCAUCAUGGAAACGAUGUUUGAUGGUGAUGACGACAUGAACCGAGUCAUGGCGCACCUGUACGACAUUCACGAGAGUGGAUUCGUCAGCCUUCCACACAUCGGCAUCACACGAUGGGAUCAGGAAUUGGGCCGAUUUGUCGUCCCGACUGACGAAGUGGAUGACACUGCCACCCCGGUGGACGACUCCACCAUGACCCAAGUGGUCAACCUGGCUCGACGUCUCAAAAAACCUCCAACCUGCGUCGUCUUUCAAGAAACGAAGAUGCGCAAUGCACAACAACUCGAUACCUUCCACCACCACCUCAACAAUGAGGUUGGUGCUGGCAACUACACCCUCUUCACCAACGAUCCAAGAGCAACCACUGCCGACCCGGUUCACCGUCGGCACUGCGGGGUAGCCAGCUUCUUUCACAAGUCCAUGCCUCGCUAUUCCUCAUUGGUUCACCUGUCCAACCACGAUAUCCCGGGCCGUUACCUGGUGGUCAGGACUGAAUGGAGUGGUUUGCCUGUGUACAUCCACAACAUCUAUGCACCCGUGGAGCCCCAUCUGCGUGGUGCAUUCUUUGCAGCCCUGCCUCGUGAUUUCGAACACGACAGUCUGCACCUGGUGGGAGGUGACUUCAACAUCCCUCUCCACCCAUCCCUCGAUGCCUCGACACUGCACUCAAGUCACGGGAAUGGCAAAACCGACUGUGUGGAGUGGCUCACAGCACUCGGUGUGGUCGACGUAUGGCGUCAGCUCAAUCCAUCCACACGCCUGUUCAGCGGCCCUGGGCGAGUCAACCGGCUGGACUACCUCUUCCUGCAUGACGAGUUGGCUUCCCAUCUCAACCCCGAGGCCAGAUAUGACCCGAAUGGCUAUGGUGGCGACCAUCUCACCCACACUGUGACUCUGUCCCAGAGCCCCUGCCCCACUACGAAGGGCUACUGGCGACUACCACGAGAGCUGUUGUCCGAUCCCAACAUCCAACGUGCCAUCACCAUGGAGGCCACCACUCUUCUUGGCAAGAUGCGAGCUGACGAGACCCUCAACCAUGGUGCGAUGUGCUCAUCAAAUGCCAUCGGCUACACAUCGAAUCGGCUAACACCCAACUCCACCACCUGCGACUCCGUCUCGCAGCUACAAAACGGGCACUGGACGGUGACGGUGACGAUGUUUCCAAGGCUGCUGAUGUUGCUGCGGCUCAGCUAG